UCCGACGGCGGCCAUAUUUUACUUACAGAGAGUCGCCCUUUGCUAUUUAGGGAAGUGUUAAUUUUGGUCAUAUUUUAGUGAAUAAUGGUUUUUAUGAGUUAAUAGUAUCAUUUUUAAUAUCAGUGAUCAGUGCGCUUUAUGAAAUAUAAUAAAUAUCUUGCCAAACUUUGACUGAUGUGGAGUUAUCAAUAUUUCCUGUUUCGGUUCCCCAAUCUAUUCUAAACAGAAAAUGGCCGACGGUGUUGGUGCGGGUGUCUCCUUUGUUUAGGCUGAUUUCCAGUGAAAAUAAAAGAGUUAAAGAAAUAAUGCCUAGUGCCUCGUUUUCAUCUUCGCGUUCUUACGUCCGUAGAUCGCGAAGAAAAGGCGGACAUAGGAUACCAUUACCAUCCAGGACACAAUCAAGCGAACCAUGUGAAUCGGUGCCGUGCCCGAACAACGUGACAGGCAGCGCGAUGGCAGCGACGGCGUGCGCGGGGCCGAGCGGCAGCGGCGGCGGCGGCUCGCCCCCCGUGCCCGCCGCGGCGCCCGCCACCACGGCCGGCCACCACAGCCCGUACGACCUGCGGAGGAAGUCGCCGCCCGCGUACCACGAGCCCGGCCCCUCGGGUGCCUGCUCCUUGCCCGCCAGGAAGAGACCUAGGACUGUUGUCAUUUGCAGAUCGCUGUCACAGGGCGUAGAUGUGUGCAAUGUGUCGCAGUACCUGCAAUAUGAACUUCCGGACGAAGUAUUACUUUGUAUACUAUCCCAUCUCACCGAGCGCGACUUGUGCCGCGUCGCGCAGGUCUGCAAGCGGUUCAAUACAAUCGCUAACGACACUGAACUUUGGAAAAGCCUGUAUCAGUCGGUGUUCGAAUACGAUACGCCGUUAAUGCACCCCGCACCGUGCCAGUUUGAGUUCGUAGCGCCUGACGAGUGUGAAGCCGACAAUCCCUGGAAGGAGAGUUUCCGACAGCUAUAUUAUGGCCUCCAUGUGCGACCUAAUUAUCGCCUCAAGAAAGACUCUCGUAUAAAACAUUUUAAUACUAUAAGGGCGGCUCUCGAGUACGUGGAGGAGCGCUGCGGCGGCGGCAGCGGCUCGGGCGCGGCGAGCGGCGCGGGCGGCAGCAGCCCGGCGGUGGCGGGCGCCAGCACGGGCGCGUGCGGCUGCGGCGCGGGCGCGUGCUCGUGCCGCCGCGCCGCCGCCUCGUCCGCCGGCCCCGCGCCCGCGCUCGUCUUUGUACACGCGGGACUGUAUCAGGAGGAGUGCCUCGCUAUCGAUACGGAUAUACAGCUUAUCGGUUGCGCGGCGGGCAACGUGGCCGAGUCAGUCGUGCUCGAACGCGAAGCGGAAUCAACGCUCACGUUCGCUGAGGGAGCGUCGCGCGCGUACGCGGGCCACAUGACGCUCAAGUUCUCGCCCGACGCGACCAGCACGAUGCAGCACCACAAGCACUACUGCCUCGAGGUGUCCGACAACUGCUCGCCCACCGUCGACCACUGCAUCAUACGGAGCGCUAGUGUCGUUGGCGCCGCAGUAUGCGUAUCGGGCGCGGGCGCGAACCCAGUAAUCAAGCACUGCGACAUCAGCGACUGCGAGAACGUCGGCCUGUACGUGACGGACUACGCGCAAGGCGCGUACCAAGACAACGAGAUAUCUCGCAACGCGCUCGCCGGUAUAUGGGUGAAGAACUUUGCCAACCCGAUCAUGCGCCGCAAUCACAUACACCACGGGCGCGAUGUCGGCAUCUUCACGUUUGAGAAUGGACUGGGUUAUUUCGAGGGGAAUGAUAUACACAACAACCGAAUCGCUGGUUUCGAAGUGAAGGCGGGCGCGAACCCGACGGUCGUUCAUUGCGAGAUACAUCACGGGCAGACGGGCGGCAUCUACGUGCACGAGUCGGGCCUCGGCCAGUUCAUCGAUAACAAGAUACACUCGAACAACUUCGCGGGCGUGUGGAUCACGUCCAACAGCAAUCCGACCAUACGCAGGAACGAGAUAUACAACGGCCACCAGGGCGGCGUGUACAUAUUCGGCGAGGGGCGCGGUCUCAUUGAGCACAAUAAUAUUUAUGGGAACGCGCUGGCUGGGAUUCAGAUUCGCACAAAUAGUGAUCCAAUAGUAAGGCACAAUAAAAUUCACCAUGGACAGCAUGGUGGUAUAUACGUGCACGAGAAAGGACAGGGUUUAAUAGAAGAGAACGAGGUGUAUGCCAAUACGUUGGCCGGAGUGUGGAUCACUACCGGCUCUACACCCGUUCUUAGGCGUAAUCGGAUUCAUUCGGGAAAACAGGUUGGCGUGUACUUUUAUGAUAAUGGCCAUGGUAAAUUAGAAGACAAUGAUAUAUUUAACCAUUUAUAUUCUGGUGUGCAAAUCAGAACAGGGAGCAAUCCCGUAAUUAGGGGCAAUAAGAUAUGGGGAGGCCAGAAUGGCGGAGUUUUAGUUUAUAAUGGCGGUCUUGGCUUAUUAGAACAGAAUGAAAUAUUUGAUAAUGCCAUGGCCGGGGUCUGGAUAAAAACAGACUCUAAUCCCACCUUAAAAAGAAAUAAGAUAUUUGAUGGUCGCGACGGCGGCAUAUGCAUAUUUAAUGGAGGAAAGGGCAUACUAGAAGAGAACGACAUAUUCCGCAACGCGCAAGCGGGCGUGUUGAUAUCGACGCAGAGCCACCCGGUGCUGCGGCGGAACCGCAUCUUCGACGGGCUCGCGGCCGGCGUUGAGAUCACCAACAACGCUACCGCUACGCUCGAGCACAAUCAGAUAUUUAAUAAUCGGUUUGGAGGUUUAUGUUUAGCGUCUGGCGUGUCGCCGCUGGUGCGGGGCAACAAAAUAUUUAGCAAUCAAGAUGCCGUCGAGAAGGCGGUCGGCGGCGGCCAGUGUCUCUACAAGAUAUCUUCCUAUACAUCCUUCCCUAUGCACGAUUUCUAUAGAUGCCAGACGUGUAACACGACAGACCGCAAUGCAAUUUGUGUUAAUUGUAUUAAAACGUGUCACUCGGGACACGAUGUUGAAUUUAUACGCCAUGACAGAUUCUUCUGCGACUGCGGCGCCGGCACGCUGUCGAACCAGUGCCAGCUGCAGGGCGAGCCGACGCAGGACACGGACACGCUGUACGACUCGGCCGCGCCCAUGGAGUCGCACACGCUCAUGGUCAACUGAGCCGCCGCGCCAGCCCUCAGCCCCUCCGCGCACGCGCCGUGUUGCAUAGCGUCGUCCGGCACGAGUGUGUGUCAUGUUGCAUAGCGUCCGCGUCGUCCCCAACGAGAGUGUGUCAUGUUGCAUAGCGUCGUCCCGUACGAGAGUGUGUCAUGUUGUAUAACUUCCCAGAUGGGUCAUGUUGCCCAACUAGAGUCUGUCAUGUGGGGUAACGUCGUCCCCUACGAGAGUAUGGCAUAGCGUCGACCCAGAUGGAUGUGUGUCGUGUUGCAUAGCGUCGUCCCAGAUGGGUGUGCAAUGUUGCAUAGUAUCGUCCUAACUGUGUGUCAUGUGGCAUAGCAUCGUCCCCCACGAGAGUAUGUUAUGUUGGAUGAUGUCGUCCGAACUUCGUGCAUGACACGCAGUUAGGCAUAAUGUCGUCCCAGCGGUUACUUUAAAUGAUAAUUGGUGAUAAAGGCAAUGAAAUAGAUGGUUACAAUGUAUUUGAUAUCACAAGGGAAUUGAUAUGAAGUUGAAAUGGAUAGCACUUUUCGACAUUGGAAAAGGCAAUAAGUACUCUGGGAGGGCAAAAGUACCUAUAGACAAGAUAAUUGUGUUUUGAAUAUUGUCAUUAAUAUGUAUUAAUCCAGCAUUGUUGCUCAAUUCAGUAUUUUGAAUGAAAGUACUAAAUGAACUAUAUUAUACCACCACCUUUUUACUAAUGUUAUUUGUUUCGAAUAUCUCAUUUACAAGACACUUACUGGAUUACUUUUAAACAUAUUGUAUGGCAAAUACAAAAUGCAGAUAUGCAAUAAUAAAGCUUAUUGCACUGGCAUGAGGGCUAUUUUCUCUCGCUAAUAGAAUUUCAUUGAGUAUUAUGUUUUGAUAAAAUGAAAUCCUCUUAGUUGAAGUUAUACUAUACUUUUUUUCAUAGCCCUAACCCAGUCCUGGGACAAAUUUUAUAGGAAUUGAUGGGAUUUUGUGAUGUGAUUGCAACAUGACAUUGUACAUACACUGAUUAUAUUUGUCUCACAGUCAUUCUAUUAAUGUAAUUUAGAUUUGAUACAAUGUAUUCUUUCGGUUUACUUUAUUAUUGUAUCUUCAAUGAAAUAAGCGACACUGCCUGUUGAAUUCUAAUUAGUACUAAUAUAUUAUAUAGAAAGGAUUUCCACUAAGGUACAAGAUUUGCUUGCUCGUUUUACACGGAUUUAUGUUAAUAGAAUGACCGUGAAUCACGCGUUCAUCUAAGUAAUAAGUCAUUGAAUGUCGCGCUCUAGCUAUUAUUUUUAUUACCUAAAACUAUUCACAUUUCGCCGAGUCGCUGAUUCACAAACGGUUGUGCCCUAGCGUUCAUACUCAACAUGAAUAUUUUGUAAAUUUAGACGACGAAAAUUAUAUCAUUCAUUGUGUCGCUACGCUAAUUGUAUAUGUAGGUGUGUUUUAUCGUCGGUACUUAAUUAUGUAUUUCGUCAUGUAGUAUCGUGCAUUCCCAAUUUGUAAUCAUACACCAUAAUCUCAAAAUCACGUUGAUAUUUAGAAUAUUUGUUUGAUUUAUAAGAUGUACUGAUAGCGAUCUUUAUAUUGUAAUAGGUGUACUGUAGGUCAGUAAUCAUGGGAAGAUGUCGUUUUUGUUUUAGAACGAUCGGAGAGUUUUUUCGUUUGUAAAAGUAUUAUCCAGCGACUGUGCCAGUCAGGAUUGCUCACUGUAAUAUAACAUUAAGUAUUUUUUAACUAUUUGACAAGAUUUCUUUUUUUUUUUUACAAUGGAGCAUUUAUUUUUAAGCUUUCCUGACAUUAGGGGUUUUCUGCCGGUUUUAGUUAAUAAAAAUAUGAAUAAAUGUGGGAGUGUGGUGUAGGGCGGGCGCGUUCGGUUUCCACUCUCGGCUAGGAGUCCGCCUCGCCUAACUAAUUCGGCGCUCCUAACGUGCUUGUAAAUAUUUAUGUCACACAAUAAUCGAAAAUGUAGUUAUUAAUGUAUUUGUAUCAUUAUAUUUUUAUUAUUGAUCACAAUAUGUAUGUUUAAUUAUAAUGAAUUACGUACGUCAUGCUCAGCAAUGGAUCGCGGGAAGCGCACGAGCAGCUAGUUAGUGUAUAUUGUAAUACAAGUGGAACGAAGUGCGCGUUCACAUGAAAAGAUCUUAGGUACAAUUGUUAAUUUAAAUGUAUUGAUAUCGAUCGAGAAGCAAUGUUAAGAUAGAAGGAAGUCGCCGCGAGCGACAGGAGUGCUAUAGCGGUAAGUUUAUCGGAUAAGCUAUGAAAAUCUAAAUUACUCUGUAAUCACUAUUGCAAGUUUCCAAUCGUUCAAUCGUCUCCAUAGCACGGUAUGUUCUGAAUCUGCUUUUUUAUAAUUCUCAAUCUGUGAUCAUCGCUAAUUAUGUAAGAGAAAUAAUUUAGUUCAUCACGUACAGAAUUUAUAAGACUUAUUAUUGUACUAAUUCAAAAUUAUUGUGGCGGCUUAAUGUAAUUGAAUGUGAAAUUGUUAUUUAUUUAAUUGUCAGUAUGUUCUUAAUUUAUUAAAUUAAAUCUGGAUAUUAUGUUUAUACCUGAGAAUACCACUGUAAAAGCCGUGAUAUACAUCAUAUAAUAUUAUA